AUGCCCCGUGACAAGUCUUCCAAGACCGAAUCCAAACCUUACACGCGGCCUGCAAAGCGCGAACCGUCAGCCAGCGACAGCAGUGAGAGCGAGUUCAAGCACACUCCCAAGCCCAAGCCCUCAAAGUCUGGCUCUGUCAAGCGCGAACCCAAGGAGCCCAAGGACAGCUCUGUCAACCGGCCCUGGACCGGCGCCGACUACCUUGCUCUCCUCGACCACAUCCUCGAGCACGGUACUAGCAAGGCCAACCUCGCCGACGCGGUGCCCGGCCGCACCAAGAGUCAGGCUUACGACGCGUGGCGUCGCCGCGCGCUCCCUUGCAUCCGCACCGCUCUCAUGGCGAAGGGCAACAAGGAGUCCAAGUGA